AGUCUCCCCCUCCUCCCUUCAGUUCAGCGCUUUUUUCCUACUGUGAAGUGAACUGCCGCCAUGUUCUUCUGAGCCAUUAUGACAGUCAGACGGGAGGAAGAGAGACAGGGACACAGUCUGUGACUAAACCGACGGUUUAACUCAGCUUUUCGGAGUAUGACCGAGAUAUUUUAACGCCACAGAACGUCUAGAACGGUGGAAGUUUUCCGUUUUUUAACAUUUGAAACAAAAGAGUCGUUCGGAUUUACAGCGAGAUCGGUGUGUCCGGAUGUUACAGCGCGAUAUAUUUGAGUUUCCUAUGGCGUAGGCACCUUUUUAUAAAGGCAGAUCUUUUUACAUAUUUGGGGGCUCGGAGUGGGGGCCUCCUGUCGAAUCUAUAAGCACAUCUAGUCUUUUUUUAAAAACCUGUUUUUUAACGUAAAAAAAUACACGGAGUAAAUGUGUAAUUUAUGUGAAAUAGAAGAAAAACACAUUCCAACAUUCGUUCGUGACUCUGAAAGGAUGACUAUCGAUACCAACGUCAUUUAAUUGGUAUUUUGGACGUUUAACUGAUUAUCAAAGACUCAUCAUUUGCAGUCUACGGGAUUUUAAAGACGACGAUAGAGGAAAUACUAUUAUUUCCUUCAGUGAAGCGGAUUCCAAAGAUGACGGGCUCUACCCCGGCGGACAUGAUUAACCUGCGUCUCAUCCUGGUCAGUGGGAAGACGAAAGAGUUCCUGUUCUCUCCCAAUGACUCGGCCGCAGACAUCGCCAAACACGUCUACGAUAACUGGCCAAUGGACUGGGAGGAGGAACAGGUCAGCAGUCCUAACAUCCUGAGGCUUAUCUACCAGGGCCGCUUUCUACAUGGAAAUGUCACGCUAGGAGCUCUCAAACUGCCUCUGGGGAAAACCACAGUGAUGCAUUUAGUGGCCAGAGAGACGUUGCCUGAGCCAAACUCCCAAGGUCAGAGGAACAGAGAGAAGACUGGAGAGAGUAACUGCUGUGUCAUCCUGUAAAUACAAACCUCCCUCCCUCUUUCAUCCCCAUCCUGGAUCCAACCAACACACUGUCCUGUCCUGCAGUCUCUCUAGAAUUCUACUGCUACACACACACACACAAAACAUUCUGUGUUCCUCAUAGCAAUACAUUGCACUUGCUCAUAAACUGUGUGUGUGUGUGUGUGUGGGCCGGUCUCUCUCACACAGACUUAACCACUAAAUAAACCCACGCUCCCACCUGUCCUCCCCCGACACACAUAGACACACACACCCUUCGCCCACCCACUCAUCCAGAUGUGCUGUCUAUCUCCCAUAGUGCAGCAAAGCAUUGAUGUGCCUGAUCAGAGACACACACACACACACACGCCUGUGUCCUUUUUACCUCCCACUCUAAAACUUCUGUAUAUGUCCUUAAAUCGUACACUAGUGACAGACAGAUUCACUCUUUUAUUCACUCAUGAAGGUUCUAGCCAAUUACUAACAAACACACAAACAAACAAUGUUGUUGUUUGGCCAUAAUAUCAUGUUGUUGACUGUGUUUUGACAGUCGGUCCUCUCCUCCUUUCUGACCAGUCAGUGUUUUAGAUCACUCCUCUGUCAGAACCCUCAUCUCCCCUUUCCCCCUGAACGGGGAGAAAAAAGACAGACAUAUUCCCCUUUCCUCCUGAUUGGAAAGACAGACAGAUUCCCCUUUCCUCCUGAUUGGAAAGACAGACAGAUUCCCCUUUCCUCCUGAUUGGAAAGACAGACAGAUUCCCCUUUCCUCCUGAUUGGAAAGACAGACAGAUUCCCCUUUCCUCCUGAUUGGAAAGACAGACAGAUUCCCCUUUCCUCCUGAUUGGAAAGACAGACAGAUUCCCCUUUCCUCCUGAUUGGAAAGACAGACAGAUACCCCUUUCCUCCUGAUUGGAAAGACAGACAGAUUCCCCUUUCCUCCUGAUUGGACAGACAGAUCUCCUCCCGUUUGUAUUCCUGUAGUCUUGUGAUGGGUCGGGUCUGCUUGCCAAUCCAAGCCAAGGGAAAGAACCAAUCUGAAAUAAAGUGUUAUUUUCUUCCAGAUCUCUUUUUCUCUCUUUAUUAGAGAGAGAGAGAGAGAGAGAGAGAGAGAGAGAGAUUUUUGCACAACACUGAACGCAUGUGCCCUCCCCACCGAACGACCUGUAAAGAAAAAAUAAAGUUUCUUAUUUUACUUAAUAUUUUUUCGAUGGGAAUAAUAUAAAAAAAAAACGAAGGAAACAUAUGUGUAGAAUAUAUUGAAUAUGAAUCUUCUAUAGAACAUGAUGAUGCCUCUAGAUCCUGUUGAUAAAGUAUAUUGAUGUUUUAGUGUCUGUGUGUACCAUCGUUAGCUAGCUAGCUUCCUAGACAGCAGUUCAAACUGUCACCUUGCUGACAACGCUGCGUCCCAAAUGGGACCCUAUUCCCUAUAGUGCACUACCUUUUGACCAGGGCCCGUAGGACCUGCGGUAGACUAGCAUCCAGGGGGUGUACUUCUACAUCAUGGUGCCUCAAGCUAAAGAAACAGGAGAUGGGGCUUUUCUGGCUCAGACAAAGCUACUUACUUACAUAGGGCCCUGGUCCAAAGUAGAAUAGGGUAUCACUUGGGACACAGUCAACUUGUUGUACUUUUAAGCAGAAAAAAACAGAGCCAUCCUCCUAAUCAUUGACAUGCAGAACUAUUUUAAACAUUUGUUUUAUGUAUUUUUAUUUUUCUGACUGUUCAUAGUUUUAAUAUAAUCCUUUGUUUUUUGUUGCAUUGUAACAGCACUAGGUCUUAAAGGAUACGUCCCAAAUGGCACCUCUUUUUGUUGCAUUGUAACAGCACUAGGUCUUAAAGGAUACGUCCCAAAUGGCACCUCUUUUUGUUGCAUUGUAACAGCACUAGGUCUUAAAGGUUACUUCCCAAAUGGCACUCUGUUCCCUAUAGAUUGUACUACUUUUCACCAGGGCCCAUACGGCUCUCGGCCAAAGUAGUUCACUAUGUAGCAAAUAGGGUGGCAUUUGGGAUGCACCCAAAGAGUAUAGUUUCUCUUGCUCAGUGAUCAGGGUUUCAAGCUGUACAGUGAUAAUAUUAAAAAGCUUUUUCUAAAUGAUUGUAAAUAGCACUAAUCUAAUGCGUAUCCCCUAUACUCCUCUUCCAAACUUCAAAUGGAAUAAAUCCAUCUGUCAACUAAAUAAAGAUUAUUGAAGUGCAGCCAUUGAUUUAUGACUUAAUACAUCUAUAAACUAAAUAAAGAUUAUUGAGGUGCAGCCAUUGAUUUAUGACUUAAUACAUCUAUAAACUAAAUAAAGAUUAUUGAGGUGCAGCCAUUGAUUUAUGACUUAAUACAUCUAUAAACUAAAUAAAGAUUAUUGAAGUGCA